GCGUGACCGGGCGCGGCGGUCGGUUGCCAUGCUAUCUGUGCGUGAGACGAGAACACCGCUCCCCGCCGGCCCCACGUUUCCCCGUCCUCGUCCCCCGUGUGUGCCCCCGUGCCCGUCCGCCUGCCACCCGUGUAUUUCAUGUUCGACAACUAACUGUCAGCGUUAACAGCUGAGCAUGUUCGGCUAUGAUGACUCGUACGGUUAUUCGACGGCGCUACUCGGCGUUGCCCCUUAUGCUACACAAUUGGCCUUAGGGCCAAUCAGCUGGGUGUUAUUUUUCCCACUAUUUGCCCUACCAGCCGUCUCCUUGAUGCUUUCUAUUGGCAGUCUUUCUACACAUGGGCCUGUACUUACAUACAAGAGACUUGCGCCUAUUGCUGCCGGACUUGGCUGGGCAUUAACAUGGCACGUAGCCGAGCGAUUGUACGUCGAAGGACUACGAGCGGCUCAGAAUCUUUUGUACUUAGUGUUCUCGCUACGUUUCAAUCUCGAUUGGGCAAUAGAAUGUGGUCACCCAUACAAUUCCAGGUUUUGUGUGAAUUUCAACGAGCCAAACAUCACUGUUGGUCCGUACCAUCAUAGCCCAGAAAAUCACUGGCCAGCCCAGGAAUUCAAUAGCUAUGUCAUUCGAGGAAACGAUCCAGCCGUCAACAUCUCCACUGUAUGGGAGCCGAAUGAAUGGUUUUUGGGCAAUUCCAAAUCGCAAUUCUUUUUCACUUUUCCUCAAUUGCCUCUUAUGGUCGCCCACGCAAUAAUAUGGACCACUAUUUACUUUCUAUUGAUAAAGUGCCCAAAUAACAUAGGCACAGUAAUCUCAAGGUUAUGUGUUACCGUACCCUGCGCUCUCUACUUACUCUUGAUAAUCGGGAUGUCAGUUAGUGGAUUCCAUUUUGGAGGGAAAAACGACAUGGAAAAGGAAAUCACUCAACAAAAACGUGAUGAUGAUCCGUUUGAUUAUUGGGCCGACAUCAGGGGCUUCUAUCGCACUUCAAUACUUACUGUUGACUAUUCUGGUGCUUUUUCUGGAAUUUUAUUGUUUGCUACAAGCAGACUUCGUCCAGGAGCAAAAUCACUAAAUGCUUUGAUGCUAGUGCCUUUGAUGAUGCUUGUGCCUGUGCUUUUGACUAUACUGCGCAGUGGAUGUGAAGGUCAUGUUGCCGAACUACAACCUGCCUACACUAUAUACGCAUCAACAGAUGAAAUAAUCUCAUUCGAUUUGCUACCAGUAUGUUUUGCAACCAGUCGAAUUGGCCCUAUAUGGGCGAUUAUCUACUAUGCAGCACAAUUUCUUUACACUUCAUUGGGUCCCAUGCUCGUGUUCGUAUCGUUUAUCUACCAGUCUUUCGUCGAUGAUUUGCCAACUGUGCAAAACUUUGCUCCAGUCUUCUUUGCCUUGAUUGUUACAUUUUUUGCCGUGCCGUCAGUACUUCUAUACAUGCCGCUUGGCACAAAAAUUACCACUCUCUUCCGGUAUACAUCACAAUCUUCAAUCGUGCAGAUUCUUUGCUACAUUGUCAUCUAUUUCAUCUACGGUUGGCAAACGAUUGAAUCGGACAUCCUAACAACAGCCAAUGAGCCGAGUUCAGUCUCGCUUGUGCAAUAUUUGACUCGACCAACAAGCCCCGUCUAUUCGAUGCUCAUGUUCACUUUGGUACCCGCCUUAUUAUGCACCAAGUUUACCGCUGUGUUCGAUCUAUUGCUGCGAGGUAACGAUGUGCUACAACACAUAGAUGCUGGAACAUGCUUCAUCCCUGGACCCCUUUGGGCUCGCAGAUUUAUCGGUUACGGUAUAAUGUUCGCACCAACUUUGAUUGUCACCAUAUUCGCAUCGUAUACGAUGUAUAUAAUGAUGGCUCGUCACAAGUUACCGUUCCGAGAUCUGCUUAAGCCUACCAGCGACUGGAUGGCUCACACUGCUGUGAAUACGACUAGACCUCGGCCACAUUCGCUUGCCUAUGGUCUCUACAACAGUCUGUUCCAACUAAGCUAUGAGACCGCAUUCUUUGGACUAUUCCUCGUUGAACUCUUCUUCGGUGUUGCCAUCUUCUGUGUUUUCGCUCUCAACUCACUUUCGAUCGUUGGCUUCUCCACAUCACACACUGCAAAUGACUAUCGUGCGCUGAUGUUGUUCACAUUCGUACUGCUUCAUGGAUAUGCUCUGAUAGAAAUGAGAAAAUGUCAAAUAAAGGAGGAGCAGCCUAAUCGGCUGAUGCUCUACAUUGGAGUGGCAACUUUGGAGACGGCCAUGCUGAACGGCUACAUGUGGAUGUACGCAUCGGAUCAUUCAUGGGGCAUAGAUGCGGCCCCGUUGACCAUUAUCUUCUGCACGACAUUGAUUCGCGGAUGUUGUAUUCUACUCGGCAUAGCAAUUCGAGCUCAUCUUUUGGAUCAAAUCCGACCGACACGAACACGAGAUGCCACUGAGAUCUACGAAGUCGACACGGUGCUGGCAAUGGAUGCCGAGGAUGACUCUCCGAUUAUAUUUGACCUCGCCCGAGCCUGAUCAGCUGCUGAUUCAAUUCACUUCUUAGUUUGUUGCCUAGCUGACCCGUUGUAUCUCUCAUUGCGUUUCACUUUCAGAAUUCGCGCAUAUAAUUGUCGCUGUUGUGUACUUUCACGCCCAAUAUUGCAGCUUUGCGUCACUUUCAGUUCCUUUGAGAGUUUAUCUGUUGAAUCUGUUAACUAGCCUGUUCUAGUCGAAGCUUUCUUGAGAAAUUUUGUCACAUUUUCCUUUUGCGCCCGCCUGAUCCUCGUUCCUUUUGGCAGCUAGCCAAGAUGAAUCUGGCAACUUGCACUAGUGGAUCGCCAGCGUCAAUCAUGUAACAUAUCGCUUAUCUCAGUUGUUAUUUGCCUACCGGUACUAUUGAACACUGUGUUAAAUGUGUAAAAUGUUGAAUAAAGCUUGUUAUAGGAUGUACA